UACUCAGCAGGCGGAGGGAUUUCUUACAGUCUGCUGCUGUCUUUGGACACACUCACGUCUCCACGACACUGUACGUGCCAUGGCGUCUCAACUGACCAGUCUGUGUGAAGAUGACAGCCGAUUUCAGAAAUCCUUCAGUCUUUUUCUGGAGUGUUCCUCUGAACAUGAAUGCAUGCGGGAUUUCAUCCACAACAUCCUGCCAGACCUACUGGACAGCAUUGGAGAAGGAAAAUCUCAUCUGAAUGUCAUUGGAGUUGGCAGUGGUGCUGGUGUGAUUGACCUAGAGAUGCUCUCUGAGAUCCAUCAGAAGUUCCCAGAUGUGACCGUGGAUAAUGAGGUGGUGGAGCCGAGCAGCCAGCAACUUGCAAAGUACAAAGCUUUGGUGUCAGAGAAACCAGGUUUAGAUCACAUAAAAUUUACCUGGAACACGAUGACUGCCUCUGAGUUUGAGGAGCUCUGGAAAGAGAAAAAGGUGACCAAAAAGGCAGACUUCAUCCACAUGAUCCAGAUGCUGUAUUAUGUGAAGGAUCCUGGAUCAACCAUCACCUUCUUUCAGAGUCUCCUUGAAAAGAACGGGAAGCUUCUUCUCAUUCUUGUCUCUGGUGAGAGUGGCUGGGAGAAGUUGUGGAGGACCUACAAGAACGAGUUUUGUAAAAGUGAUAUCUGUCAGUGUAUCACCGCAAAAGACAUCAAAAGCUUCCUGGAUUCCAAAGGGCUGAGCUACCAGAGCUAUGACCUGCCAUCUCAACUGGACAUCACUGAGUGUUUCUCUGAGGGAGACGAGAAGGGAGAGCUACUCCUUGAUUUUCUAACCGAAGUGCUCGACUUCAGUAAGAUGGCCUCUCCUGAGCUCAAAUCUGACGUCUUAACCUUGUUGCAGCACCCAGACUGCAGCACUGAGUCUGAUGGCAGAAUUAUCUUCAACAACAACUCGGUUGUGUUCAUCAUUGACCCUCUCACAUGCUCUUGAGAUACUUGUAAACAUUAAUAUAGUUUGAAUAGAGUGCUAACUAAUUGAUUAUUAUGAUUUUAGAUUUUAAGACUUUUCUAGAUACCCAAUAGGUUGCUGACCAUUCUGUCUGACACACACACAGGCAGUGUGAGUGCUGUGCAGAUUGGUGACAAGAGUCCCUGACUUCCUUCCAGUGAGUUCUAGUGUUGACCAGGGACUUGUGUGUGUUAGGUGUUGGAUGGUGUUGUGGAGCCUGGCAACUGUGGUGCCUUUGUUAAUGAGGAAGGGUUCAGUGAUCUUAAUUUUGGAGACAAUGCUGUGAUCUUUGUGGCUCAAUAACCUGUGUGAGGAAAUGUUGGUUUAUAGUUGUCAUGGAAGUUAGUCCAAGACUUAAAUUCAUGCUUUCAAUUGGUUUCUGGACUCUGCCAUCAGAAGUGUAUCUGUUUGUGAUGAAAGAGGCAAACCACACGUUAAUAGAUUGAGUGACGCCAAGGAAGACCUUACAGAGACAUGAGGUACCUGGAUAGAGGUCCUUGGUGAUGUUAAUUGUUAAAUGUGAGUGAAUGAAGGUCCAUGUUUUCUGGGUCCUGCUGCAUUCUGUCUCAGAUUUGAGACUUGGCCAACCAGUGACCGAAGAUGUUGACUGGAACUCUUUGGGUACUCUAUCACUGGGCUGCGACUGUUGAAAAGUUGUUGGAGACACCAAAUUGUGACAAAACACACAAAUGAAUUUGAAUUCCCUGUUGGUAUCUCACUGAAUUGGUACAUACGACAGGUUAGCGAAUGUCACACAGAGUGGCGUCGACAACAGGGCCAAAAAUAGCAAGUAAUUCAAAUGCAUAGUGCACGAGUACCAUGCGGGGCUCUCAGGAAUGUUGAGUGCCACUUACGUGACCGUUGCAGGUGUAAGGACUUGCAUGCAAAUGCCCCAUGGCACUCUUAUGGAUGUCAAGCUCCACUCACACGGCUGAAAUGAUGACACGUUUGCAGAUAGUGGUCAGGAUGGCUGUUGACUGCUAUUAUAUUGGUAUUAUGUAAAAAGAGGCUGUGGACAUUCCCCUGACUGUAGGCAUGAAAAAAAAAAGCUCUGCCAACACUAGUUUACAAUUCCAUAAAUUUCUCAAGGUCCAAG